AAACGAUAGGCGUAACGUUCAGACUGCAGGUAUUCUAUAUAAGCCGAGGUUUGCCCUUCAUUUCCACUAUGCAAUUGUUCUUUAAGCAGCCUACAUCCCCACACUAUUAGCUCCUAAACAUGAAGGUCCUCAUUUUAACUACUUUGAUUGCUGUUGCUAUGGGAACACCACCUUAUCAACCCAAUAAUGGUUACUCAAGUUACAAUUAUGAUGUGGAUUACUAUGCUCCUGCAUAUCCGGCUUAUAACUACGGAUACCAUAUCAAAGAUCCUUAUACCUAUAGUGAAUUUGGUCACGAGGAAACAAGGAAAGGGGAUAACACCAAAGGACAAUAUCAAGUACUUCUACCUGAUGGCCGCCGACAGGUUGUAACUUAUUACGUAAAUGGAAAAUCUGGCUUUGUUGCUGAUGUGAAGUACAUUGGUGAUGCCCAAUAUCCCGCUAAACAAAGUCCAUAUAGACAAUAUUAACUUCUAAUGCUUAAUGUAGCGUAGCAAAUAUAAUAAAAUUACUAUAAUUGAUUA